AAAGGGGAAAGGAAAGUGAAACACAUCUGGACAUUUCAACACUUUGAAUUUACCCCCUUAUGGUAAAUCAAAACUACCAUGGUGGUUUUACUUUAGUUUUUCUCUUAUCAGUAAUCUUUCUCUACCACAUCCUUUCAUUUUCCACCAUUUCUUGUAUUUUUCUGACAUUGAGAGAUUUUUGUUUGUGUUCCUCCUCCAGCGGAGACGCUCUGGCCCUUCUCAGAGUUCAGUGUCCUAACCACCCUGAUGCCAUCCUGGUGGAGGACUACAGAGCAGGGGACAUGAUAUGCCCCGAAUGCGGCCUUGUAGUAGGGGACCGUGUAAUUGAUGUGGGCUCAGAGUGGCGAAUGUUUUCUAAUGACAAAGCCCUUAAAGACCCUUCCAGAGUGGGAGAUGCCCAGAACCCACUGCUCAAUGGAGAAGACCUAACCACCAAGAUCAGCAAGGGAACUGGUGCAGCUAGUUUUGGUGAGUUUGGAAAGUCAGUAACGUACCAGAACCGGCGAACCACGAGCAGCUCCGACCGGGCCAUGCUCAACGCCUUUAAAGAGAUCAGCACCAUGGCAGAUCGCAUCAACCUUCCAAGAAACAUCAUAGACAGAACCAACAACUUAUUCAAGCAAGUGUAUGAACAGAAGAGUCUGAAGGGACGAGCCAACGAUACCAUUGCUUCGGCCUGUCUCUACAUCGCCUGCAGACAAGAUGGCGUAGCGAGAACUUUUAAAGAGAUCUGCGCCGUCUCUAGAAUCUCCAAGAAGGAGAUCGGUAGAUGCUUCAAGCUGAUCCUGAAGGCGCUGGAGACCAGCGUGGACCUAAUCACCGCGGGAGACUUCAUGUCCCGCUUCUGCUCAAACCUCGGGCUGCCCAAGCAUGUGCAGAUGGCGGCCACCCAGAUCGCCAGGGAGGCCGUGGAGCUGGACCUGGUGCCCGGCAGGAGCCCGAUCUCUGUGGCUGCGGCAGCUAUUUACAUGGCCUCCCAGGCCUCCGCAGAGAAGAAGACCCAGAAAGAAAUCAGAGAUAUCGCCGGGGUCGCACACGCCACAAUCAGACAGUCGUACCGACUCAUCUACCCGCGAGCUGCCGAACUUUUCCCUGCAGACUUCAAAUUCGACACGCCCGUGGACAAGCUGCCCCAGCUGUGAAGACUCUGCCCCAGCUGUGAAGACGCU